AUGGUCACAAGUGCGCAAUCUGAGCACAAAAACGCUUCUGAAGCAGUGUCUGACUCGAAUGACAACGAGAUGGUGCAGUCGAAUGGUGAACAACAACACACUUUCGUUAGUUCAUCGGUGGAGCAGGAACGAGAACGUCGUGAACAGCGCAAAAGCGACGAAGACGAAGAGAACCUUCCCAUUCGACAUGUGGUGAUCGAUGACGAGGAUGAUGAGAGUAGUGAGCGAGGCGUUUCAGAGCCACCCAAUGAAACCUAUCACACGUCCGGGUUGCCUUAUGGGGAUCAUAACUACGGUGAAAUAUCGGCCAGAUCAGCGAAUUCGUCGCGAUCAACCGACGAAGGUUCAGAGCAUUUCCCAGUGAUUGCUGGAUUGGCAUCGUAUUUUGGUGACAAUGAAAACGAGCAACAACAACAACCACCGAAUGGGUUGUUGCAACGCAAUACUGCUGUCACUUCGGCUGCGGCCGUUACUGCGGAUCCUUCACCAAUAUCCUAUAGAGCAUCGAUUCGUGACGCAUACUAUCGUAAUGGUGAUCAAGGAGGUGGCAGUGGGAAUGCAUAUUCAAUGCAGUCCUACAAUUCAUUACCAUCAACAACCUCGUAUCGCAUUACACCUAAUCCAACAGCGAAUUUUGUGACAAUUGGAGGUCGUACGUAUGUUCGUCAAAUGACCCAAAAUAUACCACAGGGCUAUCGAUCUGGACCAAGAGAGAGUUACUCAAGUGGUUCAGUUAGUGGACCGUCAUCGAAUGCGACGGCAACGUAUACAGGGCCACGUCGAAUGAGUGUAGGCGGAUUGACUCAACUGAAAAGGACAACUGUGAGACCAAGGUAA